AAUCUAAAGAGAAGAUCUGAUGAUUAAGCUGCAAAUUUCUACGCGCUACACUUCGGAGGGUCUGUCUUCCCCGUGGGUGUUGAUGCAGCUAGAUUCGCAUUUUCUGCGUUCUCCCAGUCCAGCUAGAUUCGCAUUGUCCCCGUCCAAUUAGACCUGGAGUUUUACACAAGGCAGAGUGCUUCACAUCUUUAAUAUCUGCGAUUCCAUGCUUUCCAUGACGUUCUGAGACCACAUAGCUUCAUCUUUGUUACGAACCAGUUUUUUGGAUUUCAGAUUCACCUGCAGAGCUUCGAGCUUGUGCACUCAGUUGGGUCACCAGUGCAAAUCAACGAUCUCUCUCCUUUCGACUUCACAAUAGAGUGCAAGAACUGUCAUGUCCAGCAGUCUCAUGCACACGAGUUGUGAAACUGCGACGGGAAAUUAAUGCUCUUCGGGUGACGGGAAGUUAGUGCUCUUCGGGUGAGCCUGUCCUUGGGAUCGACGAGGAGGCCUCCUGUAGGCCAGGUGACAUUUCGCUCUCGCAUGCCAAGCAGCAAACGUUUCUUACUCUGUGCGAGUGGAGGAGAGAUUGGAAGGUGCAGGUGCGUCCAUAGUCAGUCACGCUGCUGAGACACGGGGAAUGGACUCUGCAGACGAGGAACCGGAGCUUCCCUUCGCUGUCCAGGACCUUAUAUGGCGUCUGGAAGGAAAAGGCGAGCCUAUGACGAGGCUUCCCUAUUUACGACAGCCAGAAUUGCGGGAGUACUUUCCGGAGCGGGCAUCGCUCUCGACGAUCACAGGGUGGCGAAGCAAAGUGCGCCUUCGAGUGCUGGAGGCAAUCGGCAACUGCAACACUCUUACACACCUAGACGUGGACGAUAUUUUCCACGGAGAUAUAUGGAUGUUGACGGCAAGCGAGAGGGAGGUAGUUCUCAGAGGAUUCAUGUCUAGCACCGUUAUAAAAGAGAUACGCCUUUACUUUUCCUCACGUCGGGAAGUUGAGAUGCCGAUUUCAGAUGAGGAAAGCUUUUGUUUACUGAUAGGGAGAAUUCUGAAUUCCUCUAGCGUACAAGUAUUGAAAAUACAAUUUUGCAAGUUGAGUGCCAGAUCUUUCUUGAAUCUCGCCUCAGGACUGCGAGGAAAUUCCGAUUCUAAACUCCAGUGUUUAGAGUUAUUUGACGCGUGGGAGGACUCGAGUGCCGUGAAGCAUGUGGCCGACAUGAUCAACAGUGCUCCUCGAUUAGAAACGUUGACGUUAAGCAAUAUGGGAGCCAUGGAGGAGGAGUACGUUGGAAUCCUGUCCCAGGCUUUGAUCGAGAGCACGUCAUUGAAACAAUUGUGGUUAGACCAGGUGGAGUGGGGAGCGGCCUUGUUGCUGAAAGCUUUGGCCGGAGAUGAUGGCAACCGAUCCAUUGAACGUCUUCGGCUGGAGAAUAUGUAUAGACUCGGAGGCUCUUUAAGGGAAGUUCUUACCUCCAGCCCAUCAUUGAAGGAAGUGAGGUUAUGGUGCGUAGAGAUGAGUCCUGAGGAAUGGCACCAGCUCGGCGAAGUCAUACGUGACCAGGCUAGAGCAACAUACUUUACCGUUCAGUUUCUUUCGUUUGAAUGGUUUGAAUGGGAGUCAAUAGAAGCUCUUGCGUGUGCUGCUAGCUCCGAAGUCAAGGACCCCGUAGUGGAGCUUGCACUCAAUCAUCCAAAUGAGGAUAAGUUAAUGUUAUCAGUAAACCUAUUAGGUAGGGUACUGCGCGGAGAAAUCAAAUCUCUGAAAUCUUUCACUAUAUGGGCGGGAUCGAUGAAGGGUACAUGGAUCCCGCCCAACCAACCGGAAAGUAUACUGUCGAUGAAUGGAAAAACUGGAGAAACUUCCGUCUUGAAGAGACUCGACUUAUUGCUUGGAAGCAAUGAUCUUUGCAAGGUACUACUGAAGGACCUGUUUUUGUGCCUGCGAGGGAACACAAGUCUCAUUCACUUGGAUUUUACUAAAUCUAAACUCGACGAAGAGACGUUUAGAGACCUGAUGGAGCUACUCCAAGUAAACUUGACUCUCCGGGAAAUAGAUGUCUCAUCCACCUCAUGGGCAAGGGAUGGAAAGGCUGCGCUGAUUGAUGAAGCAGUCAAGCAGAACCAGAAGCGAGCUGUCUACAUGUCCGUAUUCCGUGAAGCCAAAUUAACUUUUGGAGAUGCAAAAGCUGGUCGGCUCUUCAUAUGCGGCUCUCCUCUAGCAGGCAAGACUCAAUUACGUCAAACAUUGGUACACGGAAAAAAAUGGCUCAAAAAGCCAUGGGCCAAAUUCAAGAGGAGGACUGAAGGAAUGGAAGUGGAGUUUUUGCAAAACAAUGACAAAGGUCAAAUCUCAAUUUGGGAUCUUGCAGGACAAGAGAUUUUCCGUACCCUUCAAAGUGUGCUUUUCCCUCAAAGUAGUAAUUUUUGUGUUUUUCUAUUUGUGUAUAGCUCCUUCUGUCAGAAAACAUCUUUGAACAAACCAGAAGCUUGUUUUGAGAGAGAGUUGGAGGAAUGGUUGAGUUUCAUUGCAUCCAGCACUAGGGUUAUCGGACAUAAUCUUCCACAAGUUCUUGUUGUGAUUUCACACAAGGAUAAAGCUAUAGACAAUUCUUUGAGUUGGGCUAAGUUCAUAGUGAACAAGCUCACUAAAAGAUUUGCAAAAUUUGUGGAUCUCCACCCUAUUCAAGAGUGUUUUCAUGUGGAUGCUCGAAAAAAUAAGCAAGUUAUUACUCUCAAAAAUCACAUUUUUGAGAUCUUUGAGAAGUUGUUGAAGAAAAAAUCUCCACUAGUUCCCCAUUUGUGUUCUCAACUCUCGUCAUUCUUGGUUAAAAACACCAAGGACAAUAGAAGUUGCCCUCUCUGGUCAUCCCAAAAAUUUUGUAACUUCUGUGCUCCCCAUUUGACACAAUUUCUUCCAUCCUCUUCUGCUCAAGCCUUUGAUCAUUCAAGUAUACAAAAAUCAAUCACAUCCUAUUUGAAUGAUGUUGGAACCAUCAUUUCUAUUCCCUACCUGGAUCACAUUAUUGUAGAUCCAAAUUGGCUCACACAUACAUUAUUGGGUGAGCUUGUAGCUCUGGGUCAACACUUUCAAGCUCAAGAGUCUCAAUCUUUUGACAAAAGGAUAUCAAGUGACUCAUACGCAAGCAAGGACGGAUUUGUGAGUGAGAGAGACUUUGAUCGGUUGAUAGAGGAGUUUCUGAAAAAGCAACCACAUGGAAAGAGAUUACUGAAUAGAGAGCUGCUUGAAAACAUCCUUAUUAAUUUAGAUUUGUGUUUCAAGGUAGAAGAUACUUCUCAGUAUUUCAUUCCCUCCUUCAUACCCGAGCAUUCAAGCACUGAAGUACAGAAGUCUCAAGAAUUGGCUCACGUGGAGUCGAUGGCUUGGGAUUCCAGGGUUGAGACUUCAAAGUUUUUCGGCAUCCGGAUACAAUGCCAAGAUAGAAGAACAAUGUCACUGACCGCUGCUUUUUUCCCAUGCUUCCAGAUGUUCAUGAGACGGAAGUUGAUAUCGGAGAUGGGUGUUCCCAAGGAAACUAUUACCUGCUCUCGACAUUAUCUGGGAUUCUUUCUUGAUGGGCACAAGAUAUAUAUUGAGCAAGGAACGUCCCGCAAUUACGUGGAUGUUCUGAUGUUAUGCUCGGAUCAUAAGUCAAGGGAGUUGGCUAUUAAAUAUGUGAUGAAGCAUAUUGUCCAGCAGUUGAUAUCAUUUUGUGCAUCAACCAAAGGUUGUCCCGGGGUGGCGUUAGUGCUCGCUGUUAUCCAAACACGUUGCGUGGAGAUGUUGAUUCCGAGUCAUCUCAGAGGAGCCAUUCUGAUCGAGAAGCUCAAAUCAAACUUCAUUCGUGACAUCAAAGACAAACUUGAGGAUAUUCAGGCGGAUAAGUACAACUUGAUGAAGGAGGAAGAGUUGUUCAGCUAUGAGCACAUUUGGCCCUUGAUUCAAGGGCAUAUAACACAGGUUACAUUCGAAAGAGCGAGGGAGUUGCUGUGGGAGAGCGAGGUGGAAGCGGUUGUGAAUGAGAUCCGACAGAAGCAAAUGCAACAAUUGGAGUCAUUUGAGGAAGACCUUAGUGAACAAUUGGCGUCAUUGUUCGAGGGUUUAAACGAAGUGAACAAAGAUUUGAUUCAUUCUUACCUUGAAAAUGAGAACUUGGUUACCAAUGCAGAUUUUCCUGAUGUGAAAGACUCCAAUCAACCUUCAUCCAGUUGCUUAAGUCGGGUGAGCACAAGUGUGGAAAACCUUGAUACCCGACUUGUUUUGGAAAAGAUGGAUCAGGUAGAAAAAAAUCUAGCACAAAAGGUUGAUGGUGUUGAUGAGAGGUUGAGAUCAAUGCAGAGCAUUUUGCAGAGAUUGGAGAUGAAGGUGGAACAGAUACUCUCUCUGCAAAAAGAACUGCAGUCAACGCGGAGUGAUUUCAUGUCCAAAGUGGACAGGAUUCUUGAGUAUUCUCAAACGUUUCAACAUUCCACUACGCCCAAGCGACCUUACAUUACGAACAAUGUUGGCAUUUUCUAUAGGAUGAGUGCUACUUUGCAUACCGGAACAACCGUCCGCUUACACUUGAUGUGUGAGUCCGCAACUGGGUUUCAUCCCGUCAAAGAUCAAGAAGGUUUGAAGAUACGCUUGGAUUGGAAGGAUUGUGGGUGGAUUCAAAAAACUAUCGAAAUCUCAUUCAAAUUCAUGUAUUAUGCUGUGAAGGCUGGACUGGAUGUGACUUUCGGGUUGGGCCAAGCAAUUCCGGAGUGGGAAGAUUUGAAAUCUGAUAUUGUUAAGUUAGAUGGCAUUAGCGAUCGUGAUCGUAGUGCAGUUUCAAAAGUUGGGGAAAGCAAGGAGCUGAGAGAAGCAUGGUCGAGGAUUCAGCAAACUCUUGCGCCACAGCUUCGAGAUAGCUAUUCGGCAACCUUCAAGUUGUAUCAGGUGAAAUACGUGAGACAAGAACUAGGUGGGCAUGCAUGGGUGUGCGAGGAAUGCAUGAAUGAAGGUCUUAGAACAGGCAUUUUGUUAGGAAUUUGAAGACCUUAGAAUGUCAUGAUGCAAAUAACAAGCAUAUGUUCAGACACUCAUGCAAUGUGACGCUCUGCGUUGUGAGGCUCUUCCUU